AUGAAGCGCUGGACAUUGCAGUCUAGUGACUUUGCCGACGAAUUUCCGUCUGCUCAAGUUACUGGUGUCGACAUCUCUCCCAUUCAGCCUGGCUGGGUUCCUCCGAACUGUAAGUUCCAAGUCGACGACAUCGAGCAGCCGUGGACGUGGUCCGAGGAUUUCGACUUUAUUCAUAUCCGCCACCUUGAAGCCAGUAUCGCGGAUUGGCCGGCCUUGUACAAACAAGUUUUCGACCAUCUGGUUCCCGGAGGCUAUGUCGAAGUCAAGGAAUUCGAUAUCACGACUCGGUCGCAACUUUACGGUGACGAUAUCCCUAAAGACCACGUCUUCAGUCGAUGGGCGCCGGUCUUUUUUGAGGCAGCCGAUAAGCUCGGCAAGACGCUGACCCAGACCCACAAUCACGGCAUUGCCAGAGCUCUUGAAGCAGUCGGCUAUGUCGACAUCGUUGAGAAGAGAUAUUCCAUCCCCAUCGGUGCUUGGCCUAAGGAUCCAAAGAUGAAAGAGGUUGGCGAGUGCAAUUUGCUGUACAAUGAUCAGUCACUUGAGGGAUUCGCGUUAUUUUUGCUCAAGGAGAUCAUGGGGUGGGAGUAUGCCGAAAUCAUCGUCUUCGUUGCCGAGAUGCGCAAGGCCCUCAGAGAUCCAAAGCUCCAAGCGUAUUUCCACCUCCACGUUGUUUACGCCCGCAAGCCCGAGAAGCAAAAGGAAGCUCAAGCCGACGCCUGA